CCCACCUUCUUCCCCCUACAGUCCUGACGAAGGGUUCCUGCCCGAGACGUUGACUGAUCGUUUCCAUGGAUGCUGCCCGACCUGCUGAGUUCCUCCAGUGUGUUUUGAUUUCACAAAGGCAAAAUGGAAACUCUGAGUUUAAAAUCAGCUCAGAGAUAUUCUGUCCCAGACUGGUUUGCCAGUAAUAACCAGGUCUCAACCAAUUCGGAAAGACAACGUUAUAUGUCCCACCAGAUUCGGCAGGAAAGCAGGAGCCUGCGAAAUGAAACCAACAAUCAGACUAAAUGGGACCAAGAGGAUAACAGCACCCGACUCGCUGACCGUAUAGACGAUGUGGAGCGAUGGAAGGAACUUCUGGAGAUUGCUCUUUGCGAUAUUAAUGCUGAAAUAGAUGCUUUAACCAAAACUAAGGAAGAAGCAGAACGUGCUUUAGAAGCCAAGAACCUAAAUCUGGAUGUUGCCAUCGAGUCUCUAACUUUACGGGAAGGUCGGCAGGGCAUUGAUCUUGUGACAGACCAAGUGCAUGAACAGCUUCUUAAGGAGGUUGAGGUGAUUGAUGGUUCAAAGAAAGCACUUCAGCAAAAAGUCAGUGAAGCCCUUGAACAACUCAGCUUGUUAAUGGAAGCACGCCAGCAGCUGAUCUUUGACAUCAAGAAUAAAAGGGAAACUCUGAAUACUGAUGGAGUGGCCCUGUCUCUCAAUAAUAAUUCCCCAAAUAUUUCGCUCAAACCCAACCCACUGCGUAUCCCUCCUGGAUUAACCACUGUUCAGCAGUGGGAUAUGUUCAGCCGUUACAACAAGGAUCGUGCAGAGGCAGAGAUGAAAGCUUCAACUAGUCUUCGUGAGGCGAUUCAAGCCACCAUUAAACACACCGAUAAUGAAGUGGAGGCACAGCGAGUUGCCACAGACUUUGCCUUCAGGAAGAGAAUUCAUGAGUUUGAACAGGCCCUUAAUGAACUAAAGUGGCAGGAGAAAAAUAUCUUGGAGGAGAUUGCAGAUCUGGGAGAAGAAAUUCGACGCCUUGAAGCAGAUCUUCGAGCUAAGACUGCGCCUUUGAAGGUGGCCCACACGAGACUUGAAACUCGUACCUACAGACCCAAUGUUGAUCUCACUAGAGAUGAAGCACAGUAUGGAUUGAUAGAUGAGGUACACCAGUUGGAGGGGACCAUCGCUGCCCUCAAAGAGAAACUUGCUCAAUCUCAGGAUGCCUUAACCUUGCUCUACAAACAACUGGCACGAGUACAAGAAGACAUCAGUUUAAAGACCCAUUCCCUCUGCCUUGAUAACAAGAGCAUGGAUGUAAGGAGAAAACUGACAACACCACCUGAGAAAUAUGUGUCGAAGAUGGAUAGUUUCAACCGUACACCCAACCGGGAACUUUCAGAAGUUAAAUGCAGACAGCUUGAUUUAUUAUGAUGAUAUUGGAUUGAGUUCAAAGAGGAGAAUACAUUUUGUAAUGUGAUGAUGCACCUGCAGCAGUGAACACGUAUUACACAUGCAGUGGUUGUCAAGGAAACAAAUAAAAGUGCCUAAUCUCCCUCAGCGAGUGUAUAGAGUCAUAAAGCCACCGUGCCCUUUGGCCCAUCUAGUCCAUGCUAAACUGUUGUUCUGUCUAGUUCCAUGAACCCACACCUGCACCAUAGCCCUCUGUACCCCUCCCAUCUGCUUACUUAAUCCAAACUGCACUUAAAUGUUGAAAUCAAACCCACAUCCCACCACUUUCGUUGGCAGUUCAUUUCACACUCUCACCACCUUCUGAGUGAGGAAGAUUCCUCUCAGAUUCCCUUAAACCUCUCUCCUUUCAACCUUAGCCCAUGACCUCUAGUUCUAGUUUCGCCCAAUCUCAGUGGAAAAAACCUGCUUGUAUUUACCCUGUCUACACCCCUCAUAAUUUCAUGCAGUUCAAUCAACUUCUUCAGAGUCAAAAGUCAAAACCAUAUUAUAAGUUUUUCUUUACAAUUACUUGUCAUUUUCUAUAAAAAUUAUAAAGAUUAUUAUUCUAAUCUUCUUGUAUAUUCCUUACUGAACAGCCUUAAGCUUAAUGGUAGUUCCCAACCUGAUGGCAUGAACAUUGAUUUCUCUUACUUCCGGUAACUGACCCGCCCCUUCCCCAUUCCUGUUUCCUUCUCUCACCUUCUCUCCUUGCCUGCCCAUCACCUCCCUCUGGUGCUCCUCCCCCUUCCCUUCCUUCCAUGGCCUUCUGUCCUCUCCUAUCAGAUUCCCCCUUCUCCAGCCCUUUAUCUCUUUCACCAAUCAACUUGCCAGGUCUUUACUUCACACCCUCCCCCCUCUCCCAGUCUCACCCAUCACCUAGCUCCUCGUACCU